UACCACUUUUGAAUUCACAGCGACGUUCUACCCAUCGCCCAGUGUUUUCCGCGGUGUCAGCAGAUGGGCAGCAAGGCCAGCGGUCAUAGAAGGACUUGAAAUAACGUCUUUUUAAGCCGCUGGGUAAAAUAUCCGUCUGAUUCACCGCUCACGCGUCACUCCUACGCAUCGUACAACGAAGUCAACCUGACCAAAACGACAAUGUCAUCGACCGCCGAGACCAAAAUCGUCCUUCGGAGCGCCAAAGACUGGCCUGCUUGGAAGGAUCAGUUCAUCGGCAGGGCCAAAGGAGAGCUAAUGUGGCAAUAUAUUGAUCCAAAGGAGAUCUUUCCUAAGCCCUUCCCUUCAGAGCCAACUGAACCAAACAUUAACCACUUCGAAUUCAAGGUUCCGGGGAGCCCUGCAGUCCCUGAUCCUGCCAACUCUGGCAACCUGACCAACGGGAACCACACACCAAAUUCGAUAUACACACUUGCCCAAGGCCACCCGCCUGCAUCCGACUUUACCUUCUCCCCCCGGCGGGACGUCUCCGACCUUGCCGACAGAGGCUUCCAGACCUACUCCUUCGUUAUGACCGACUACCAUCGCAAGGUCCAGAUGUACAAGGACAAGCAGCAAGCGGUUCUGGGACCAAAAUAGAACCAACAGAAAGGUACGUACCCACGCCGGCAGAAAAGGUACGUACCGCCAACAGUAGAAAACGGACUGUACUAAUAACGGCAGCAA